AUGAGAAUUUUCUUAUUCUUUUCUAUUUUUCAUUUUGUGAUCACUGAAAUAGCUUAUGACAAGGCAAUUUCCCCAAAACACAAAUCUUCUCAUGGAUCCGUUUCUUUGGGUCAACAAAUACCCGAUUGGUCUGAAGUGACUUUGAGAGGAAAGCCGAAAAUUCUUGAGAUCCUGCUUGCAGUGGAUGGACCUGUGGCCAGAUACUACGGUAACAAUCGGGAUAAGAUCAGAGAUGGAGUGCUCUCUUUGCUGCAUGGAGUGAAUCAGUACUUGCAUCAGCUUCAAAUCCAAUUGCUGAUUGUUGACUUGCGAGUGGCAAAUGGAUAUAAUUUGACACUUGAGGAUUUCAAGAAUUGGAGAGAAGAAGAGGAGGAUUUGCCACAACACGAUUUGGCGAUGCUAUUGAGACUGCGGUAUGAUGGAGGGAUUGCUUCAGUGGAUGGAGUCUGUACAAGGGAAGGCAUCGGAAUCUCGGGGUUCUUUCCUGAAGCCCCUCAUGAAUAUGCAUCGGUUUUUGUGCACGAAGUGGCUCAUUUACUGGGAUUGGCUCAUGAUACUCGGGUGAAUUGUCGAUGCUCGAGUGGAAAGAAAGGAUGUCUGAAGAUUGAAGGCUUUGAUGACUGCUCCGCUCAGGCGCUAGUGGAAAUGAGUGAGAAGAAGAGUUGUUUACAAGAGACAAACGAUCACCCAUUGAGCAUACCGAUGUGUGGGAAUGGGAUUGUUGAAUUGGGAGAACAAUGUGAUUGUGGACCGGCUAAACAUUGUCGAAAUUUGUUGUGCGAUUCGCAGAGUUGUCAAUAUCGUCUCUCAAAGGAAAUCCUCUACUUGAUCGCGUUUUUUCUCUUCGCAAUCAUUGGAGCGAUUGGGUAUUGCUUUUUGAGAAGUCUCUGCUCUCGUCUAAUGAACAUCACCAAAAAGUCAAAAAGAAAAGCUCUUCCAAAUUUUCAACCAUUCGUCGUGAGCUCUGUCUCAUCACAAGCCGAUUUUAAAUCAUCGGUUUUAACAAACUCAUCGACAAGGAUGUUGAUCAAAACCGGCAGCGAGGAUAGUGCAUCGAGUACCGCUAAAUUGUUGCCCGAUUUCUCGAGGAAUCGAUUAAAUCGUGAUUCAAAAAGCCGUUCUCGUCGCACCGAAAAUCUCAUCCAUUUGGACUCGGAGAUUCCAAUAGUCGACCCAGUGAAUCACUCGGAUUACGUGAAAAUGCAUCCAGCCAAGUUUCAUUUGGGAUCGGCAACGGAUCAACACGAAUAUUUGUCACCGAAAUCAACAACUCUACCAAAAAUUCGCUCAGCCUCAUUGCAGAGGGGAGAGAAUGCACAGAUGAAUCGAUCACCGAUCAUCCCUUUACGUGUCGCUCCACCACCACCAAAUCAGUCAAGACGAGCCUCCCGCUCGUUCAGCCAUUUACCGGGUCUGCCCGCUUCAUUGAGUGCUUCCUACGGUGAAGCAACGGCAGCUGUUCUUCGUGAUCUUCGAUCUUCUCGUAUUUAUGACAUUCCCGCUUCAUUUAUUAGUCAACAAUCAUUCGAUGAACCACCAGCAAUUCCUCCAAAAAAAAGUCUAGCUGGACUGGCUGUU